AGCCUCGGGGGAGAGUAGACGUUGCUCGCGCGAUUUUGCCGCCUAAUUCCAAAUUCGAAUUCGAAUCGUUCCAUGAUAACGUCUUUAACAUGUUGAUAUAACGUCUUUUCGUUUGACAAGUUUGAAUUGUUUUUUUAUUUAAAUAAGUGUGCAGUGAUUUUUGUAUUUUAUAUUUAAAGUGAAAAAUGUUGGCCCAAGGAGUAAUGAAGUUUUUAUGUUUAUUAGUGACAUUUUUUGGAGGUGUCACAAGCCUUCGAGACGUCAUGCUUCUAGUUGAGCCGUCAACAGUCAUCAGGGGUGGCACAGCCGCGUUAAUUUGUUCCCGGGACAUGCAGGGGGCGCCACUGUACUCAGUGAAGUGGUACAGAGGCAACCAUGAGUUCUACAGGUAUACGCCGAUGGAAGAUCCAGAUACCAGAGUAUUUGGUUUGCCUGGGAUUUAUGUGGAUAUGAACAGAUCCAACGGCACUCAGGUGUUGCUUCGAAGACUGGACCUCACGUUGGCUGGCAACUUCAGCUGUGAGGUCACCGCGGACUCACCGUCCUUCGCGACGCAGAUUGCUACCAAAUUCAUCGAUGUCAUUGCGUUGCCGCCCAUCGCUCCGGUGCUGAAGGCAGACAAGGACCGCUACCAGCCAGGAGAGGUGCUGCAGGCGAACUGCACAUCAUCACCAGCGCGGCCAGCUGCCAACCUCACCAUCUACAUUAAUGAGGAGGCUCUCCGCUCUUCAGAAACAAGCCUCCAUCCGUCUGAGAGUGGUUUGCUCUGGACCAGUGUCAAGGCUGACGUGAAAGUGACUCCAGAGCUGUUCCUGGGCGGCCGGCUGAGAGUGGCCUGCCUCGCCACAGUGUAUGAUGUGUACAGGAGCUCAGCAAACCUGGACUUCUUUACACCUGACACGGAUCCUCGGCCUGAGAGGAUCACCCUCAACAGUGCAUCCAAGACGUUCCAGAGCUGGAUCCUGUUGUUCCUCCUCUUCUUGCUGCCUGUAGUGAUGGGCCAGGACUACCUAGUACCCUUCGUCGAAUACGAUGAUUAUGACGACAAAUACGAAGCCGUGGCCAGGUCAUCCCUACUUGGCGGCUGAACGGCAGAUUAUAGUUUUAAUUUUAAUAUACGAAUUUAGUGUGAUAAUUAAUUGUAAACACGAUAUUUUAAUUAGGCACUGCAUUUUUUUAAGGUUUGAAUUAUAAUUUUAGUUGAGAUUUUUUUUAAGAAAGUAUGUUUUAUGAUAUAGUUUUAAGCAUUUGAGAACUGAUUUAAGCAUUCCAAAUCUUAACGAAUAUUUUAAUUUAUAUUCGUAUAAGAGGUGAAUUAUUUGUUAUAAUAUGAGGUAAUUUAAAAUUAUCUGCCACGAUU